UCUGCAGCUACUUAUAGUGGCGCGGCGCGCGGCGGGCGGCAUUCGAGCAGCAACCUCCGCGCGCGACACUCCCCCGCACUCGACAUGAAGCUCUGGCUGGCCCUGGCGCUCGCGGGCGCGCUGGCCCUCGCCGCCGCCCUGCCCCGGACCAGGCGUGCGUUACCCGAACAGUCGGGAGAGUCCACCUCCAAGCCGCGCCAGGCGUGCGCGCACCAGACGCCCUGCGGCUGGUCUAUUUACAAGCCUCAGUCCAGGAUCAUAGAGCUCAAUGUCACUAAUACAUAUUGCGUGUGCGAGCCGGGCCUGUCCUGCGUGGUGACAGAGGACGACACGACGGCCUUCGCUUACGUGUACCACUGCCGCAGCCGCGACGACGACCACUACAUACUGGAGCCGGCCGGCGGAGGCCACCUCUAGUACUCCAAGGAACCACACCACGGAUAGCUUACUCAUCACGUUAGGUGCUGAAGGUUUCGGUAGUUUAUGCAGACGGGUUUUUGCGGUUUCUUUUAUCGAUUGCGAUGCGUAUCUGUUUGGUCUGUCAUUUGUUUCAUCAUAGUGACAAGUGCGCGGUGCGUGCGCUGAAUGUAAGAUAAGAGAUAACGCAUUUUUUUCUUGUGUGCGUAAACUAUCGGAACUUGUAGCAAAACUGAUUACAGACCCAUUUGAAUCAGUUUUUCACUGAAAAGUUGGCUAGCAGAAAAUCCCAGUAGAGAUCUUCUGCGGUUGAUUUAUGAUUUUGACACAUCUUUACCAAUAUUCCACUGUAAAUGCAGUAUGACUUCUCCGGAAUUGACUUCGGAAUGAUAUUCUUUCUGUCUGAUUCCGAAUGGAUUGAUUUUGCCCGGCCAAUGACGAUGGGUGAUUAUUACUCUUAUAACAAAUGUAGGAUCAUUUUGCCAUUUAUUAGCCCUUAUAGGUAACUCCAAAAAUUUGUAAUUGUUAUAGUAAAUAUUAUAAACCCAACUCUUGUAUGUUGAGGGUUUUACAAAUGUACCUAGAUUUAUAAAAUUGAAAAAAAAACGUCGUCAUUUUGGAUGGGCACUAUCAAUUUAUAUCGGAAAGUGUAGUUUCCGAACUAAAGUUAACUGUGAGUUAAACAAUGGCACAAGUACAAUAGCUGUGGUGAUUUUAGUUUACACAUUACGAACAAGUAUUCCGCCUUUCAUUAUACUUUUAUUUAUGGUCGAACGUUAAUUUAAAUUCAUUUCAUCAUCGUGCUAAGUUUGAUACUCCUAUACUUACACACAUUACUUACUACUUUUUUACAUAGACGCAUAGAUAAUGAAUCGACAUUAUGGCUCGAUGUAUUAGUUAAGACCAAAGCAUGUAGGUUUUAGUUGUACUUAUAGUUUUUAUUGACUAGUUAAUUUUUAUACUUAUUAUAUUAUAGUUAAGGUUACAUGUUUAUUACUAUUCAGAUUUACUUGAACACUUCAGUUUUUCACAUUAAUUGUAUUUAAGUACGUACCUACCAAUCCAUGGUUCACUGAAGAGAUUAUCUGAAGUUUACGUAUAUUGCACUUUCAAAUAGGUAUUGAUACCUAAUGUAGAAUAUUAUGUACUUACUGAUUAGAGUUAGACACCUCGCAUUCAUAUUAGUAUGUAGAUAAACACAAACCACAUAAAUAGUCAGUUAUUCUCAGUAAUAAUAGGUUACAGCCUAUUCCUCACCUAGAACAUGUAUAAAAAUGAAAACUACCUACCUACAAUCAAGUACAUAAUAGUUAUGUAAUAGCCAAUAAGACAUAUUUGAUUAUCUAUGUCUAUUUCUCUGGGAAUUAUGAAUAUAGUGUUGACUUUCUGAGCAGUGCUACUUAUAGAAUCUGGAUAAAGUUGAUUGUACAUAAUAUUAUAAUUAUGUAGUACCAUACCAUUCUGUAUUCUGAGGUAGGUAUCAACUUAUUUUUUUAGUAAAUGUAUUCACAUGACCUGUUUACAAACGGGACGCCAAAACGUAAUUUUAAAGUUCCUAUUUAAUUUUAAGUCGAGCAAAAUACAGAAUAAAUUAGUGCUUAGCUUAGUUGACAUUCAUGAUACUUACCAAUUACUUAUUUAAGUAUUGAGAAAUGUAGAACGCCGAUUAGUUUUGACAUUUAAAUAAAAUAUAAAACAAUAAAUAAA